UGGCCUGCGCGAGAGUUUUCCAUAUUUGUGCAGCCUCCCAGCCGCCGAGCAGCCGGGCCCAGCCGGCCAGGCCGGGCAGCCUCGGUCCCCGGACAUGGGGCGCAAGGCGGGCGCGGGGGCCCCGGCGCGCGCGGAAGAGCAGGCGCGGUGCUGCGGAUGCCGCUUCCCGCUGCUGCUGGCGCUGCUGCAGCUGGCACUGGGCAUAGCGGUGACGGUGCUGGGCUUCCUCAUGGCGAGCGUCAGCCCCUCCCUGCCGGUCAGAGACACUCCGUUUUGGGCUGGGAUCCUUGUCUGCGUAGUCGCCUACCUGGGACUGUUUAUGCUUUGUGUCUCCUAUCAAGUUGAUGAGAGAACAUGCGUCCAGUUUUCUAUGAAACUGUCCUAUUUCCUGCUGAGUGCCCUCAGCCUGAUGGUCUGUGUGCUGGCCGUGGCCUUCGCUGCUCAUCACUAUUCGCUGCUCGAACAGUUUACCUGCGAGACCUCGCUUGACUCCUGCCGGUGCAAACUGCCCUCCUCAGAGCCGCUCAGCAGGACCUUUGUUUACAGGGAUGUGACCGACUGUAGCAGCGUCACUGGGACAUUCAAACUGUUCUUAAUCAUCCAGAUGGUGCUAAACUUGGUCUGCGGCCUUGUGUGUUUGCUGGCCUGUUUUGUGAUGUGGAAACACAGGUACCAGGUCUUUUAUGUGGGUGUCAGGCUGUGCUCCCUAAUGACUUCUGAAGGUCAGCAGCAAAGGGUCUGACAGCCUUGCUCAGAGGUGAGAGACGGCACACCAACUAGCUGAAGUGAAAAACACACAACUUUUUUUAAAAAGGCAAACUUUGGACAACAAAUGCUUAUUCAUUCUCUAAAUGAGUAUUUUUAUAUUUUUGAGAAAAGAAAAGAACAUUUCUUUGAGUCUCUAUUUUAUUUUUUAAUUCUUGGGAGGAUGGGGCUAGAUCAAUAGCUAAGCAGUUAAGAGCACACACUCCACAUAGAGGACUCGGGUUCUAGCACCCACAUCGGGAAACUCACAACCUUCUGUGACACCAGCUCCAGGGGACUCAAAUGCCCACACACAGAUAGAUACACAUAUACAUAAUUUUAAAAAUAUACUUUAAAUUUUUAAAAAAGGACCGGGUGUGGUGGCGCACACCUUUAAUUCCAAAUCUUGUGAGAAACAGGAUCCAAGUUGAUAUAAGGACAUUAAGACUGAAAAGAACUCCAAGCGGAAAGAAUGACGAGGUCUGUCACUGAAGCCUGGAGCUUAUUCCCAUCUCUCAUUUUACCCAUGAUAUACCCAGCUUGCUCUCCUGUCUGUCCAGUGUGGUGCUCUGAACUGGCUGCAGGCCCUCCUUCUAGACUCUGUGGACCGCCAGCCCCUCCCAUUUCCCACCGUUACCACAGGCAUCUGGGAGAAAGACGUCGCAGAAACGCUGGAUCUCUGUUGAAUGUUUUUACUUUCCCCAGUAGAGGUGUCUUCAAGGCAUGAAAUAGCUUUAAAAAUCAUAGUGGAAAGGGAACCAAACACCUGGCUGGUGCAGCCCUCUAGUUGCCUCGGCCCGGCUCCCCAACUGGGCCCUGUGCGGCAGCCAGAAUGAUUGUCUGCUUGGCCGUCAUUGAAAGGCAGUGCGACAGAAUUCCUAAUGAUGGAGCAGGUUUAAAAAUAAUUACAUUAUGCUUCUAUUCUAUCAUCUAAAACAAAUCAUUAAGACUAAUUUCCACCUAAUUGUUCAUUAUAAUUAUGCUCAGAAGUCUACUUAAUGAGCUAUGGUUAUACUGAGACAGUGCUGUUGGUGUUAAGAAAAAUUACGCUCACAAGAGGAGACACGUAAAGAUCCACAUUCCUGGAAGCCAAGCCUUACCAAAAAAAAUUUUAAUUAAUACUCAGUUUUAAAACACUUUUAAAAGGAAAAACAAGGGGCUGGAGAGAUGGCUCAGUGGUUAAGAGCACUGGCUGCUCUUGCAGAGGACCCAGGUUCAGUUCUCAGCCAGCAACUGUCCUGUAACUCUAGUUCCAGGGGAGCCAAUGCCCUCUCCUGACCUCCGCUGAUAUUGCAUGACACGGGUGCACUUACACACAUGCAGGCAAUGCACUCAUACACAUGAAAUUCAAAUAAGUUUUUAAAAGGGAAAAACAAGAGCAUUUGUCAGAGGCAAUGUUAUACUAAUAGCACAUUGUGGCCUGUUGAAAGGGAUCGUCCUCGACAGCUAAGCACCUUUGAGGGGGUCUGGGUUCUGUGGCAAGUUCUGUCAGACUUGGAUUUGAGGUGCCAUCUUGUUACUGAUGUGUAUGCACAGUUGACGUAGAGACUCAGAAUGUCUUGAAGUCCUUAUUUGGACAAUAUGUCUAUGGACUUAGAGGGGAGUUUUUAGUUUUGUUUUAUCUGUAACCAACUAGGAUUUAAGACACAAGUACCUUGGUAUGGUGGGUUUUGUUGUUACUGUUAUUACCAAAUUCAUAAGAGUAUCUAAAUGUUUUAAGAAAGGAGCUCAAAAUGGAAUUUCUCUCUUAGUAGGUGUGCUUAAAAGCUGAAGAUCAAGAUAACAGUUCAGCCCAGUGUGCUGUCCAAGUUGACUGUCCAUGUACUUUCCCAAUCACAAAAUUCUUCCCAGAGGAAAGCAUACUCUUGUUUGCCCCUGAAGCUGGAUGGAGGGUCUAUCAGUGGUGAUAAUGGUACUAUUUCUUCGUGAUACAAAUACCCAAAUUAAAAGGAAAAUGUUCGGACAGUAAGCUCGAGGAUUAUAACUGUCUGUUAUGU